AUGAUAACUACAGAAAACCGAACCCUGCUCAUUCAAAUACCGAGAAAACUCAAUACGUCACAACAGGAGUUAGAUAAUGGUGGUUUGCCAGAAGGAUUGACUUUUCCCUUGAAAUUGUUGAGGGAUGUGAGAGACCUGGAGGCCCUCCUUCAAAAUUUCGAGAAGGAGAAGCUUUUGGUCACUUACUUAUCCAAUAUUGGUGGAGAGAAUCUUGGCAGUACGGUCAGACGAAUUCUUGUCUGCAUAUUGACCAAUGACCUUGCAAAGCAGUUUAAUUGGAUUGGAAAAGGCACAAAGGAGGCCUUCUGUAAACUUCGUCUGGUGAAUGUUGUACAUCGAGCUGUUCGCAGAAAUCCAGCCGUCAGAUCUGCGACAAAUGCUGAGAUAGAUUCCAUCAUAAAAGAUUGGUUUCGCUAUGCCAAAGACCGUGAUGGUGGAAGGGCGAGAAGAGCACGUCAGGCCAGCGUUAGUCCUUCCGAAAAUGUCAGCCAGGAAUCUACUGAAGACUAUGGUUCCAGUGAUGAACAUGACCGUCCCUGAUCGAUGAAAACCAGGGAGCCUGCAUGCAGCUAGAGAUUUUGGUUCAGAUCAGUGAGGAAUUAUAAUACACUCUUAGAGAAUGUAAAAUCUUCUACUAUUGUAUGUCACUACAUCAAGCUUGUACUAUACACAUCUUGUUUCGAUGUUUGAAGUUGAUUGAACUCAUAAUCAUUAAUGGUAAUCAGGGACUCAAUAGCAAGGUUGCCUUGAUCACGAGUGCAUUCACGUUUUUUGUACUACUUUUCUAAUGAGCCCAACUUGAGUUUCAAAUGUAAUGUUAGAAAAAAGAAGCUUUUAUUUUAUUUUUAUAUUUACUUUUUUUGUCGUGAAAAAAAUCCCAUACAGAUGGACACGUGUUUUCAAGUGGAACAAGCAAAGAUUGUUUUGUGCCAUGUGGUCUUGUGGUCGUCAUUAACCCAUAUGCAUGUUGGUUAAAAAAAGUUAUUUUGCUUGAGUUUGAAAAUAAAAAUUCAUAGCUAUUUGCAUUCUCACAGUGUCAGAUUAAUGGUGUGACAUGUCAGCGGCUGGCUUUUAUGCACAAGGUACACUCUGAAGGAUUUUAAAAAUAAUCUAAAGGAUUGUUGUGAGGGACCAACUUAAAAGCAAGGUUGUUUUGAUAACAAGUGUUUUCACUUUUUGUGUUAAAAGAGCGACUUUUUGAGCCCAACUUUUUAAGUAUGUUGGUUAAAACAACAGAAAUUAUGUUGCUUGAGUUUGAUAAUGAAAGUUCAUUAUUACAGCAUUUGCAUGUCCAUAAUAAAUUAUGUCAAAUUAAUAGUGUUAUGACAUGUCAGUGGCUGGCUUUUAUGCACAUUAGAGAUCCAAGUUUUUGUUGACAAAAGACCAAUUAAUUUACCUUUUGUUUACUCUGAAAAAUGCCUUUCAUCUGUAGCCUAACUUAAUCAGAUUUAUGUUUGUCAAUAGUACAAGAAGUUAAUAAUUAAAGUGUUGUAGCAAGAAGUUUAUAAAACCAUUAAGGUAAACAAAUACAUAAAUGUUGCAUUUUUCUCUUACAUACUUGGGAGUACACUUUCUUGGUCUCCAUUUAUAUUAAAGAUUCUUUAAAAAGAUCAAAGUGUUCUCAACUGUUAUGUUUUCAGUGACCUACUUUAUUCAGUUUGUUAUAUUUUUAUUUUGGAAAAUG